AUGGACCUUCUGAUUUGGCCGAUCCAGACCGAGAGCACCAAUCGGGGCUCCGCCACUAGUGACAUGGUCAACCAGAAUGAGGAUCAGCAUAAUGAAUAUUCCACUCUUCUCCAUGCGACUACAUAUUAUUUACUACUGAGCAUCACCAGAGUUGGAAAUUGUCAAAUCCCUCACCAAUCUAGGGCUUUGUUUAAAACUGUUGUGACCGUUCAACCCAACUGGCCUCAGAUAUUCAGCGGUGAGAAGAUCACUCUCAGAUGUGAGAUCCAGGGAGGUGGACACACUGAGUGGACUUAUGAAUGGACAACAACCAGCUCAAACACAUUUCCAACAGACAAUAGAUACAUUAUUAUCCGUGCUACUGAGUCCCACAGUGGACAAUACCGUUGUCUGGGUAGAAGAGACACCUAUACCUCAACAGAGUGGAGUGAAGCCAUCACAUUGAAAGUCUUGUCAUACAAACCCUGGGCCGAACUGACUGCUGUUAACAGAGACAUUCCAGUAGGGGGCAGUGUGAUCCUGACCUGCUCUAGAUACUUCUGGUACAGAGAUGAGAAAACCUCUCAACCCCUGACCUCACAAGAUGUUGUCUUCCUCUCAAAUAGACGAAUCCGUGUCUCAGUAGGAGGAGUCUACUGGUGCAGAGGAGGAAGAGGAGAACCUGUUUACUACACAGAGUACAGUUAUUCAAUCACUGUCAACAAAAAACGUGAGGCUGUUGUGUCUCUGCAACCAAACUGGUCUGAAAUAUACAGUGGAGAGAAGAUCACUCUCAGAUGUGAGAUCACAGAUGAAGGACACACUGAGUGGACAUAUGGAUGGACAACACCCAGCUCAAUAAAAUUUCCAACAGAAAUAGAUACACCAUAUUAG